UCGCCGCCUUCUUCCAGCGGCUCAGUGUGGUUUGAAGGAAGUGGCGGGAAGCCGGUUGUGUGGCGGAAUCCAUUACUCCCAGGAUCGCUUCGGUAGGGGCUGUGUGCUCUCCGAGGAGGCGCGGAAAGGGCGGGACCGGAGGAGCGGCGUCGGGGCGGCGGAGCGUUCAGUAGGGGAUCCCUCCGGUCUGGCCGGCCCGGGUACGGAGACCUAGAGUUCCCGGCGUGCAUCGCGGCCGCGGGGUGGUACGGGAGCUGGAGCUGAAGGAAGCGCUUCCCGUCCUGCGGUUUCUGGGCCCUGGCUGUGGCGGUCGUAGGCUCUGAAGCUCAUUACAGUCGUCGAGACGGUGUGGGGACCUCCCAUGUUUAUCUUCAGCCGCAGGAACUCUAAUCUAGCAGCGAAGAGGCGGUAGAUGAAGGGAAAGCGGAGGCGGUUCUUCAGGAUCCCAGCAUUCUGGUGGUAGAAGCAGAAGGAUCAAAAGUUCAAGACCAUCCUAAGCUACAUUCCAAGUUUGAGGCCAGUUUCAGCUACAUGAAACCCUGUCACAAAUGAAAGCAUUUGAGGCCAACCCAUAGGCGACACAGCAAGAAAUUGUCUUCAGAGGUUUUCACAGCUGAGAGCGUAAAAUAAAGCAGGAUGUCUGUGGAUCCGAUGGCCUAUGAGGCCCAGUUCUUUGGCUUCACACCACAGACUUGCCUGCUGAGGAUCUACAUAGCAUUUCAAGACCACCUGUUUGAAGUGAUGCAGGCUGUUGAACAGGUUAUCCUAAAGAAGCUGGAAGACAUUCCAAACUGUGAGAUCAGCCCUGUCCAGACUCGUAAAUGCACAGAAAAGUUUCUUUGCUUCAUGAAAGGCCGCUUCGAUAACCUUUUCGGCAAAAUGGAGCAGCUGAUUUUGCAGUCGAUUUUGUGUAUUCCCCCAAACGUCCUGCUUCCUGAAGACAAGUGUCAGGAGACGAAUCCUUUCAGUGAAGAAAAACUCCAGCUUCUCAAACAGGAAAUCAAAGAGUUACAGGAGAAAUACAAGGUUGAAUUAUGCACUGAGCAGGCCCUUCUUGCAGAAUUAGAGGAGCAGAAAACUGUUAAAGCCAAACUUAGAGAGACCUUGACUUUCUUUGAUGAGCUUGAAAACAUCGGCAGAUAUCAAGGAAUUGGUAACUUUAGGGAGAGUUUGGUGUCCGUGGUCCAGAGCUGCAGAAAACUCCAGAGCAUUAGAGACAGUGUAGAAAAAGAAAGCAGAAGAUUGGAAACACAGUGAUUUCUCAGUAGUAAAAAGAGCAUGUAAAUAAGUAGCUUUUCUUUGUUUACUCUUAUGUUUAGGUCUUCUGGGGCCAUGCUCCCCUCCUUUCCUAGGUUACACAAAACAAAUCAGCAGAUCUUCUAAAUUGCAGGCUGCAGUUCAGAUCUCUGAAGCAGAGCUUGUAUUCAUUUGCUUUUCUCUCUCUGAAACUUGGGUUGAUCGCCCUCACAUCUGGUAAUGCCUCCAGUUCUUUUGGGAUUGUACUCAUUUUGCUGUUGGGUAUGUUUAGUAUGAUUUCAGGAGGGAGUAGAAUCCUCAUGGAACUGGAUGUUUCUGCUCAUUUUUGCUGUAUAAACCAGGUCUGUGUAUUCAUUGAAUAUAACCAUGAGGUACAUCAGGGACUAAUAGAGCUAGGCUGAGGACAUAGCUCAGUGGUAGAGUAUGCUCAGCAUGUGGCUGUCUCAGGAUUUAACAUGCCAGAAGCAGAAAGAGGAUCAGGAAGGAGGAGAAGGAAAUCAAAGGGCAGCAGGGCACAGCAGAGGGGGUCAGGGAUACGGGAUGACGUAUAGUGCGAUAUUAAAGGGGCAUGUCCCAUUGAUAGUGUACGAUUCAAGUCAAGCUUAGAAGGUGUUAGCCUCUCACCUAUGAGAUCAUCUAGGCAAAGAAAAUAGCAGAAAACCCAUAAGGUAGAACAUAUUAAGGAAUUCACACAGCUGGAACAGAUAUGGCCAAUUGAGGAAAUGGGAUACACCUGUCACAUUCCAGUCUACCUUUUGUAAGACAAAGGUUGAUGAGAUGGGUUGGCAGGUAAAAUACUUGUAGUGCAAACCUGGUGACCUGAGUAGGAUCCCCAAAAUCUACUUAAAGAUGGAAAGAAUUGACUCCACAAAGUUGUCUUCUGACUUCUAAAGGUACACUGUGUCAUGUACACUCCCAUCCCCCACAUCAUGUGUACACACACACAGUCUCUCUUAAGAGACAAGCAAAACCUCUGUAUGUGUAAGUGUGUGCUAUUAAAAACUAACUCCUAGCUGGGUUUCAUGCCAUUGAUCCCAGUACUCAGGAGGCAGAGGCAGGUGGAUGGACCUCUUGUGAGUUUAGCCUGGUUUACAUAAAGAGUUCAGGGCAGCCAGGACUAAAGAGACCCCAUGUCACAAAACAAAAAAAUAAAACCCAAAUGUGAUUGAUGGCUCUUGUUAGAUUGGUAAAGUAGACUUUAUUCAGGACCCUUAAGUUAGAUAUUGGGAUCAUUGCAGAAGGAAUUUGCAUUGAGAGAUUAGAUUCUGAAUAUAAGAAGUAAAAAGAAGUUGGAAGUGUGCAACUAAGGGACAGAAUGGGACUUGUUGGGACAAAGCAGGUAUCAUUGGAUGGAAAAUUACUAAAAGGGUCGGUAUAAGGGGUUUGAAUGUAUCUCAUAAAAUUCAUAUGUUAAAACUCUUGACUUCUUAGUGGUACACUGUUGAAGUUUAUACUUUGAUUAAUGCCAAUACUGUGGGAACAGGCAUGUUCUUUAGGGAGUAGAUUUCCAAUAAAGAAUGAAUUCAGGUCCUGCUCUGGCAUGAUCUCACCCUGUAACACCUCUGAUAUGGGAAGAGACAGCAGGAAGGCAUUUUACUUUGGACUCUAUACCUAUAAUAAUAAUCUCUAUACCUAUAAUAAACAAUCUCUAUACCUGUAAUAAAUAAAUACUUCAGUAUUUAUGUAUUACCUUAUUGCUUAAUAUAUAGGAAGAGAUUUAAUUCAACACUAGCUUUUGUGGGGGAAUGCUUAAAGAAUGAUGCCAUAGCCAAAGAUACUUCUACUUUGGUCAUGAGCCCUUUGUGAACUCAGUCCUUUUGACUGACUGAAGACAAUGUGAGAGGAUUAAACACUGGACAAGUCAU